AUGAAUAAGUCUAUCGAACGUGUCAUCGGUGCAAUUGCGGAUGACGAUAUUACGCUUCGGCGGCUUUUGAAGCGGAUUCUGGCCGUAUAUGGUCUUUCAGGCGUAUUAACUUUCGCGAAAUUGACAAAUCUGAAGAGCUCAUCGCAGCAAACCAAAACGGUUGCUCUUUUGCAAGCGUUCAAGACCGCUUCGUGGAUCUGUGCUUUGCUUGGAAGUUAUCCGGUUUUGCACAAGGCAUUAAAAAACAAGACACUGGCUUUUAACGGCGCACUGCUGGCAACCACACAAUUAAAAGUGCCGCCUUGGGUGUCAACAUAUCUUGCCUUCGAGUCUGUUCUAGACUAUAUUAUUAAGACCAGCAGCAUUCCGAAUCUGAUGUCUCAAUUGAGUAAUCAUAAUGCCAAUUUCAUCCGACAAACGCUUCUUUGUUUGUUGAUACCAUGGUUGCGGGACGCCAGUAAUCCUUCACGGGCCAAAACUAUUCUUUUUCAACGCAAAACUCCCCUCAGAGACUUCGUAACAUUGUUCGCUUUGUGGAAUUCGAUUUCGCUCUACCAAUAUCUCAAGUCGUCUCUGUACAAACAACGGCAGCGUCCCAAACGGUACAGUAUCGAGACGAACGGUAUCCAGGAUUCAGUAACACUGAAUUCGCGUUUGUUCAAAGAUAAAUGGAAGGAGAUUAAUGAAAUGACAACGUCGCGAUCUGUGUGGGAAAAAAUCGUAGGUUGUUGCUGCGGUGAAAACCUGCAUGUACCGCUUAAGUGGGUAGCCUGGAGACAACUGCUGUGGGCGCUGCUGAACACCAAGUCCCGCUACAGUUCGAAUUUGCAAGUGUCAGCGUUGCUGAUGUUCGGUGUUUACGUGCUAGACAGCAAGGAAAAUGAAAUGUUUAUGCGACCCGGGGUGCUUAAAUACCUGAUGAGGCUUUGGAUUACAGACCGGAUACACGACAAGCCAGACUGGCAGAACCUUUUGUUCUGGACUGGUGCUAACUUGUCUUGGUACAACAAGAUACGGACGCAAGCUCUUUAG